ACGGUUAGUUUCGUUCAGAAUAUACGUACACGCUUGAAGAAGGAGACAAACGCUUCCCCGCAGACUUCCUGUGGCACUGAAUUUAAGGGCUAAUGUUGCCGUAUUUCGCACACAAAACAGCCCGCGGAUGUAAGGAAUUUUAUAUGUAUUUGCUGUAACGAUUAAUAUUUAGGAUGGAAUCUGCAGUGUUUCGGACGCAUUGGCCAGCCUGAUUUAUUAUUCCAGUCCAGCGACAACAUGUCCGGUAUUAGGCUUAAAUCAAACAGGCUAUAGGAAUCCAAUCUAGGACAAACCGCAGUUCGUGACCAUAUUAUUGAUGUCGCCAGUGAUAUCAUGGAUCUGUUUUCCAAUACUUAUCGUUUACUGCAGCUGAUUGUAAUCUCGGCAUCCCGACAUUUACCUGCGUCGACCCUCAUGAUUUUGAUCCUUCUGCGAAGUACUACCAGCGAAAUCGCUAGAUCUUAUUCAACAUCCCCUUGUCCCAAUUACGCACUCUGGAAGAAGGCAAUUCAAAUUGAUGGUGCUAUACUGAAAAGCAGUGGCGAAUUUCAUGGAGAUUGUCGGAUCACAUUUCAAGUUCCUUAUCCCGAACAUCAGAGAUUUCUCCUGAGAUUCGAAUCACUUAACAUCCGUGAGUGCCAUGAUCGGUUGGUUAUUUAUGAUGCCGACGAUCUUGUGGAUGCCGCCCGCCUGGAUGAACUGUCUUGUCGGAGCCAAGUGGAUGGUAACCGGUAUUUGUAUACAACGAAUUCGGGAGGAUUCGUAACGAUCCGGUACUAUACUUACAACAAGGGAACAGCGGCCAGCAAUUUCCAGCUGAUUUUGACAGCAGUUGGAAAGGCAACAAAACCUGCCGUUUGCAGUUUCCGCUGCGCAAACAAUCACUGCAUUUCAGCUGAUCUGCGCUGUGACUCCUUCGAUCAUUGUGGAGACAAUUCCGACGAGCUUAACUGCCGCAAUAACCAUCCGGGCGAUGCCGCAUACAGCCAUGAAACGCGGGAGGGACUCGGGUUGAGCAUUACCGUAACGAUCAUCAUAUCCCUAAGUGUCCUUUUUGUUUGUGGAGUUUGCGUGUGCUCCGUCCUAUUAUUUUUCUGCAAACGCAACUAUCAGGUACCACAAGUGGCUGAUGCUCCAUCACGGAGUGCAGCUGUUGGGAAUGCCAGCGCCACAGAGGCAUUAAGUUCCAGUGAUGGGGCUAGCACGAGUUCCGCUUCUCGAACCAACCACACAACGGCUUAUGCGCCCAUCCUGACGGAUCAGAUAACAAUGGAGAAUCAGCAUAAUCAUCAUCAGGAAUAUCGAAUUUUCCACGGGAAAAGCAGGCCUUCUCCAUUGGGACCUUUUGGACCUAAGCACAAUGUGCAGUUUCCUCCGGCUUAUACCUAUUCGCCUGGCACACCGCGGAUCACUGUCUCUCAUCCCAGUCCGGGUUCUAGAAGUUCCAGGAUCCAGUAUGCGCCUUCGCAAAGCGGAGAGACUGACCCCACAAAAAGACUGUUCGUUUUCUAAACAUUACACGCACUGACAGUUGUACGCAUCCCCGUUUUUUUAAACUAAUACAGUAAUGACCAAGCUGUAGUAGACUGUACAGUUUCGCGAUGAAUAGCGUUGUCAGCAUUCAUAACAGCUGACGGUGAACACUGACGGUGAACAUGUUCAAGUUGUUGUCUACAACAUUUUCACGUCGUUGAAUACGCGCAUAAUUAGCAUAAUUACUGUGGCCCAAGAGUUUGAAAUUUCUGUCAUACCUUUGAUUUAUUAAGCCGCGCCAGUGUCGAACGGCAAAAUGUUUUCCGCAAAAAUAACUAUUACCGAAAAAUAAGAGCAAACACGAAGCUAAGAAGAAAAAAACUGGCAAUAAUGUUAAUCACAGAUUA